GUGGUAUCGGUGAUGAUGGUCCCCCGGUGCUCUCGAGCGCGCAUGCUCAGUGCGGUGACGCCGCGGCUUGAGGGUGUGUGUGUGCGCGAGCGAGCGGCGCAUUAUUUGGCAGCGAGGCGGCGGAGCGGCGCGGGGAGGGCGCGAGCGAGAGCAGUAGGUUUCACCGGGAUUAUCGGAGUGAAUUACCGGUCCGAAUCGCCAGGAAGACCCCCGGUACUCACAGCAGCGUCCCCGCGACCCGUUCCAGUGAUGUCUGAGGAUGUGGUGCGACAGACGCGCAGUCAGAAGCGUGUUCUGGACAGAGACUCUCAGUCUGUGGACGUGGACAGCAAGCGUGUAAAGUUGGAGUGUGUUGAUCGGGACGACACACCGGCGCUCCGGUCUAGAUCCGAGACGGCCGUGUCAGUCCAAACGUCAAGCAUGCUGAGUGGAGGGGAGGUGAAGGCCACCAUCAAACUGGAGCUGCAGACGGGAAAUGAGCCUGUGGACAUGAGCACCAGCAGAACUGAGCUGAAGAGAGAGAACGGACCCUCGUCCCCUGAUGAUGUCAUCGUUCUGUCUGAUAACGAGGCGUCGAGUCCGCAGGUGAACGGCGACAGUAGCUGUAAAGAGCUCGACACUGAACUGCUCAUGAGGAGUUCUCCAGUGGACCGUGAGCGUGUCAUUAAACAGUUGCAGGAGGAGCUUUGGUUAGAAGAAGCCAAACUCACCCUGCUGAAGAAACUCCGACAAAGUCAAACACACAAAGACUCCGGUGUACAGAAGCAGGUGAUAUCAGGCCGGGCUUCAGGGACGGUGAUUCCUCCUCCGCUGGUGCGUGGCGGCGGUCAGGUGACCAAACCUGGCUCAGCGAGCGCUCAGAUCAUAAUGCCUCCACUCGUCAGAGGAGCUCAGCCAAUCUCAGUGACGCCACAGCAGAUCGCCAGCCUACGACAGCAGCAGAACUCGAGCUCUGCUCCUCCUCCGCUGCUGCUGGCUUCCAGAGCGUCAGGACCAAAUGUACCAGGACAGAAGAUCAUCCAGCCCGGAAUCAUACGCAUGAGCAACAUCCCCAAUUCCAGUCUGCUCGUCACCAUCAACCAGUCCACGGCCACAAACCUCAAGUCCUCGUCUGUGUCGACUGUGAAUGAUUCUCCGGCCAGUCGUCAGGCGGCGGCCAAACUUGCACUGCGCAAACAGCUGGAGAAAACGCUACUGGAGAUACCACCAGCCAAACCGCCAGUGCCCAAAUUCAACUUCCUGCCCUCUGCCGCUAAUAAUGAGUUCAUCUAUCUGGUGGGUCUGGAGGAAGCGGUGCAGAAGUUGCUGGAGUCUCUCGGCCGAGGUAAACAGGGUGUGUACGCUGGUUUAGUUGUCACUGGUGAAGAGCCGUUCACCUGCUCUCAGUGUCAGACAGACUUCACCUGUCGCUGGCGCAAAGACAAGGGCGGAGCUAUCAUGUGUGAGGAGUGCAUGUCAUCAAUUCAGAAGAAGGCUCUGAAGGCGGAGCACACCAAUCGUCUGAAGGCGGCAUUUGUGAAAGCUCUACAGCAGGAGCAGGAGAUGGAGAAGAAGAUCCUGCAGCAGAGCUCUUCACCUGCCUCAUCUUCAUCAUCAUCAGCAGCAGCAGCUCACGUAAUGAAGGCUGAUCAGAUGAAACGCUCAUCAACUGCAGUUCAACAGACACACGGCCGAACCAACCAGCCAAUCAACCGCCACUCCUCCAACAUCAAACAGAUCUCUUCGAGUGUGCUGCAGUUGUCUCGUAGCAUGCAGCAGUCUGUUGCUGGGAUACGCGCAGUUCCUCACUCGUUCUCGCCGUCCACUCAGCUGCAGAAUGCCGUCACAGCCGCUGCGCUCGUCAGCAGGCCAGGUAAGCAUGCAGUGCACCAGGGGUCAAAGGUCAGCAGCAGUGGCAGCAACAAGAAGUCUGUCCCCACGACCUCCUCCACCUGGAGGAAGCAGAACGCCGCCGCAGCAGGUGUGACAAUGGCGUAUGUGAACCCCAGUCUGUCCACGCAGAAGACGUCAUCAUCAGUGGUGGAGCGUCAGAGAGAAUAUCUGUUAGACAUGAUCCCCUCACGCUCCGUCUCACAGACCGCAAACACGUGGAAAUAAAGAUCUGCAAACACAUCCACAAUCCUGUUCGAGAAGCUCGACUUUCUCCAGUCUGGAUUGGGGUGCUAGAACAACUUCAGCCUGAAUCUAGAACGGCUCCUCUAGAGUUUAGUCUGGAAUUCUGAAAUUAAAUCCGUGUUUUGUACAAAAAGUUUGUCAUUUCCUGUUUAAUCACACUUUUUUUUUUCCCCAGUCCUCUUUGUAGUUUUAAUUUUGUUGAGAUGCACCAAGAUUUGAUCCUCAUACAGGAGCAGUUUUGAUUUAAUAACUGAUGACAGCGUUAAAGGGCUUUCACUCUUGCGGGUGAGUUUAUCAGCUGAAUCGUGAACUGCACUGGGAUGUUGGAAACGGCACUGACGCUCAUGCGAAUGAUGUGCCUUAAACGAACCAAUCAGGAGCCACUUUGAAUCUCAUGAGGACUUGAAUGCAACACACAGGCGGAUGUUGUCGACCAGCAUCACUGCUCUAUAUGGACAAUAUCGCUUCUCUUCUUAAAAAUAUAAAAGUUUUCAUUAAAAAAGAGAAAAAGACUGAAAAAAAAAAAUAAAUACAUUAAGAACAAAUUGUUGAAUGCAAACAAAAGAUCCUUCAGUGUGUUCAGUUGCUUCACCCUGGAGUCGUUUUCCUUUAUUUUGGCUAAUAUUUGUCAUUUUUGACUUAAGUUAAAUAACUGUGUGCAAUUGAACCAUUUUUGUCUUGUUUAUGGUCUUUUCACGCUCUCAUAUGUAUUUGCUUUUCUUUAUAAAGACGUCACAGUGUCACUCGAUGUACAACGCAAAUAUUUCACCCCAGCCCAAUGUUUAUGAUUGUUGGUUUUCAGAUAUGUUGCCAUUAUGUUUGCUUUCACAGCCUGUUUUGUUUCAUCAGGGUUCAGGUUAAAUUACAGUUCAUAUAUAUGUAACUUCAGAUUUUGUAAAAAAAUGUUUCUGAGAUAAUUCCACGCAUGAUUGGUUUAAAGGUUUCAUCAGAUUAUUGUUUGAGCUGUGAGCUUGUGUGCAAAGCAUCUCUGUAUUUAAAGGUGUCUUCGCCAGAAGCCCAGCUCUAUACGAGUCGUGUUCAUUAAUCAUCUGAUGAACGUGCCAGAAUGACGUUCAAAUCUGCAACUCUGAUCUGUUGAACUCGCCAUGUCUGUCUAUUUUGCUUUAUUGUGCAUUACUAAUAUUUUCCAUGCUUUUAUCACAGGACAAUUUUUCUAUAUUUUCCAUUGUCUGUUUUCAGGGUUUUGAACGGCUGACAUGUUUCCUGAGUUCAUGUACAAAAUGAGGUUACAGUUUGUUAGAUUUACUUUUGUUCCCAAAAUAAAGUUUGAACCCUUUUA